CUCCUCUCUCUCUCUCUCUCUCUCUCUCUCUCUCUCAAGAGUGUAUAUAUACAUACACAAUGUUGUAUGUAUAGGUGGUAGCACACAUGCAAAUGCAGAAGACGGUUAAUCAGAAAGCCUGAAUAUUCUCCUGUGAGAUCUGAAGCACUGGUGUGUGAGGCGAUUUGAAGGAAUGAAGGCGAGUACUCGGCUCAGCUCGGCUGUUUUUCAGCUUACUCCGACUCGAACAAGAUGUGAUCUGUUUAUCAUAGCAAACGGCAAGAAAGAGAAAAUUGCUUCCGGCUUGCUAAAUCCAUUUCUUGACCACCUAAAGGCUGCUCAAGAUCAGAUUGCUAAAGGUGGUUAUUCAAUUUUGCUUGAGCCAGAAACUGACGUUGAUGCAGCAUGGUUUACAAAGGCCACUAUGGAAAGGUUUGUUCGUUUUGUGAGCACUCCUGAGAUCUUGGAACGUGUAUACACAAUAGAAACUGAGAUCUUACAGAUUGAGGAGGCAAUUGCCAUGCAGAGCAACAAUGACAUAGAGCAAAGCAUUGUGGAAGAUCAUCAAGAAAAACCUCCUGGUGGUUGUGAAGCUAACAAAUCUGUGCCUGAUGCUAAUGAGGAGAAAGCAAUUGUCCUUUACAAGCCUGGGGCACCUCUUCCUGAAACCAAUGGAUCAUACUCGGAGGAGGGAAAUUCAAAAGUUCAGCUUCUGAAAGUCCUUGAGACCCGUAAAAGAAUGCUACAAAAAGAACAAGGAAUGGCCUUUGCACGUGCUGCAGCUGCAGGCUUUGAUAUUGAUCAUGUGGCACUACUUGUGUCCUUUGCUGAGUGUUUUGGAGCCCUGCGUUUAUUGGAAGCAUGCUCUAGGUUCAUGGACCUGUGGAAAAGUAAGCAUGAAACUGGGGAAUGGCUUGAUAUUGAAGCAUCAGAAGCACUGUCCACUAGGUCAGACUUCUCAGCUACGAAUGCAUCCGGUACUAUUCUCUCUGCUACACACAACCAAUAUGAUUCAUCCAAUCAUGAGGCGGGUACAAUGGAUAAUGGGAAAUCAGACUCGACAUAUAACGCAUCAGAUAACCCAGCCCCAACGCAAGAAUAUUUUCAAGGACAGUUUCCUCAUAUUGUGUUUCCUCCAUGGCCUAUGCAUGCUCUGCCGGGUGUGCAGCCAGCAUUUCAAGCAAUCCCUGUGCAAGGAAUACCAUACUAUCAGAAUUAUGCAGGCAACGGAGCUUUUCUUCAUCCACCUCGCCACCCAAUGGAGCAUUCCUGGUCAAAUCUUGGUCAUCAGUCAGGACAGGAAAUGCAAUCCCUUGAUGGUGGGGAUAGUAAUACUGGAUCAGAAACAUGGGAGCUUGACAGGACAAAACCACUGGAUGACACAGAUGCAGAAGUUUCACGAAGUAAGAAACCAUGGAAAAAAGCUGGCAGAUCUGAAAAAAAGCAAUCAGGCAUGGUUGUAAUACGAAACAUUAAUUACAUCACUUCUAAAGAGAAGAAAUCUGGUAGUGGAAACUCUAAUUCAGAUUCUGACAUUGAUGCAGAAGAUGAAAACUUUGAGACUGAUGAUAGUGAUAUGAUUCAUCAGAAUAAUAAGAGAUAUUCCAAAAUUAAAGGAGAUCAAUUGAAGUCUCUGGAUAAGUUGAACUUCAGCAAUGAUGAAGUCUCUAAUUCCAGAAAGGAUACUGAUGAUGGACAUUGGCAGGCAUUUCAAAGUUGUUUAUUGAGAGGAAGUGAUGAACAUGUUCAUGGUGGCAACGAGAGCAUGUUUGCAAUGGAAAAGGAUGUUUUAAUAAAGAGACGCUCAAACACUGUGAUAGUUGAUCCCUUGGAACUUGGUGCACGGGAUACAGGUGUAAUACAAGAUACUAGGAUGAGUGACAUCAGCAGAUUCAGUGGAAGUACAUCCUGUAGGCCCAGAGAAUCAGAUGAUGAUGCUAUAUUUCACUCUGUGGAUAAUGAUGUCAGGGGAUCAAAUGAUGAAAUGCAUAUUCAAUUUGAAGAAACUAACAGGAGCAAGAUUGUAUCUAGGCCAGUGCAUGAAGAUUUUAUAGUUGGCAGUCAACAGAACCAAGCAAUUUUCAGGAAUUCCUCAGAUCCACUAGCACUUAAUGAUUUUGAGGGUGGGGUUGGUGAGAUGGAUAGAGAACCCACACAUGGAAUGACUGAUGAAAUUUUCAUUAUUCCAUUUAGGUCAAUGUCAAUAGAUCAAGAAGGACAAGCAGAUAGAACCCCUAUUGAUGUAGAUUCUGAGAUUCCAAUAUCAUAUAAAAAGUUGGAUUCUGAGGGAAAUAGGAACAGAGUAUAUUAUGAGCCUGAUGAUUUCAGCUUGAUGCCCGAGAGGGAAACAGAAAAGGGUUUUGUUGGAUAUGACCCUGCUCUAGACUACGAAAUGCAGGUAUGUGUAGAGUCACAGGAGCAAGGGGGAAAAGAUGUUUCUGAAGUGAAAGGAGGGUUAAGGAAAUCAGACAAGAAUCAGAGGUCAAAGGUUACUUCAGACUCUUUGCAUAGAACUGGAGGCCCUUCCAUGAAGGGGAAAACAUUAAAGAUGAGUCCUUCAGAAGAUGCACGAGUCCGUGCUGAGAGGUUGAGAUCCUAUAAAGCUGAUCUGCAGAGAAUGAAGAAAGAGAAGGAAGAGGCAGAAAUGAAGCGCCUCGAAGCUUUAAAGCUAGAGAGACAAAAGAGAAUUGCUGCUCGAGGCAAUUCUGCCUCUGGAAAGUCAUCUGUACUCUCACCUCAGACAAAGCAAUUUCCUGCAAAACUUUCUCCAGCCACCAAUAGAGGAUCCAAGUUUAGUGAUUCAGACCCUGGGUCAUCAUCACCCUUGCAGAGAUCCAAAAUUAGAACUUCACUUGGUUCAACUGAGCUGCUUAAGGCUUCUAAAUGUAGUAAAUUAAGUGAGGUUAGCCACAUGAGAGGGAAUAGGUUGACCAGAUCCUCGUCAUCAUUGUCUGAGACGAAAAGAGAAAGCAAUGGGGCCACACCUGAUUCAAAGGCUCCCAUGGCCCGAAUUAGAAGGUUAUCAGAGCCAAAACCUCUCACCAGUCCCGUUACUUCAGUGAAGGACCGAAGCGCUGAAGCAGUAUCAAGACGGAAGUUGUCUGAGGGACCUGAUAAGAACAAAAUAUCUGCUAUCAUAAACCUUGAUAAAAGUAAGGCUGCAACUCUACCUGAAUUGAAGAUUAAAACAUCAACAUCUCACAUAAAUGCAGGUGAGAACAUAUCAAGUGUGGAGGAUCAGAAGGUAUAUGGAAUAAAGCCAUCUACAUUUUGUGUAAAUGCUGAACUAAAUAAGAGUAAUUGCAAUACAGCACAUCAAACUGAUGCAGAUGACAACACAGUAGUUGAGAAAACUGUUGUGAUGCUUGAAUACGAAAAACCCUCUCUUCCAACUAAGCAUUCAUCUGAAGGGAAGUCAGAGGUAACGAAUCAAAGGUAUGAUGAUGGAGACACAGGAAAGGAAAGUGACGUAAUAUCUGAAUUGGCUCCUACACAUAGUCCUGCUUCAACCAUGGAUGGAGUUGAUGGGGAUCCCAAAAUUUGCCAACUACAAAAGCAAUUGGAUACUUCUAAAGAGGUAAGAACAGUCUAUCAAGAGCAGGACCCUCCCAACUGUGCUCACAUUACUGUUGCUGAAAAACCUUAUCGGGACGUUUCUACUCAUAACUCCUCUGUGGAAGACCCUUGCAUUGGUCAGGCAUCAUGUGGUAAAGCACCCCAAGUAAGCUCAGAGAUGGUGGCUAGAGUAGAAACAGUUAAAGCACACGCCUCUAAUAUAAAAACCCUUAAAAUGGACAAGAAUCCAGUUGUGGAGAGGAGUCUUUCAAAGGAACCAUCAAAAGGUUUAAGACGGCUUCUGAAGUUUGGGAAGAAAAAUCAUACUUCUUCAUAUGUGGAUCAAAGUAUUGAUUCAGAAUGUACGAGUGUUGAUGGUACUGAGCAUGAUGAUAAUGCAAGGAAUACUGCUUCAACAAGUGAAGUUGGCACAUUGAAAAAUCUAAUCUGGCAAGAUGAAACACCUACUGCUGGUAAUGCUUCUCAGAAGAUUUCUCGCCAUUUCUCUUUACUAUCGCCCUUCCGGAGCAAAACAAGUCAAAAGAAACAAGCAUCAUAGAUUCUCAAGAUGUUGAGGGUUUUGGACCACAUAUAUAUGUACAUCUAGCUAGUUGUGGUCUUCAGUUGUUGUUCUGACAGUGAAAAUAGAAGCAAUAGUAAGUUGUUGAAAGUAAUAGAGUGUUGCAGAAGAAGAUAGACUGAUGCUUCUGCUUCAUGGGAUCUAACCCACUUGUAAUAUAUUAAUUGUUGGAUAAUGUUUAAUAGUGCCAAAAAAAAAAAAAAAACCCAAAAAAUGCUAUGU